AAAAAUUCUAACAAAAUCAUUCAAACUAUCCCACAAAAUACAUCAUAAAUUCCUUUUUAAAUUCAAAUUGAUAAUUAGAGUGGCAACCCGUAGUGGAACACACAAAACAUUCAAGGAAGCUGCGAAACGAAGAAUAUGCAGUCGAAAUAAAAUUAGUAAUUCAUAUUGGAUGGUCUUAGUUUGUGUUAAAUUAUUAUUUUCCUUAAUUUUUCGGUGGUUAAAUAGUGAACCAAUGAACCAAAUAAAACAGGGGCGGAGCUACUUACAAAGUAGGGUGGGCCUCGGCCCCCCGGGAAUAGUCCGGGCCCCUAGAACUUUAAGCAUACUUAGAUAAAAUUUGAAUAAGUAGGACUCGGCCAGAACAUUAGUUCAUAUAACUAUCAUGUAGUCUACUGGUAGGUAAUCUAGUUUUUAGUGUGCAUUAUAAAAAAAAUCUAGUUUUUAGUGUGAAGUACCUAGGUUCAAUUCAUUACUACCUCACAUUUUGCUUUAUUUUGAGUGCUUUCAAUGAUUUUUAGACUAUAUUGAAAGAAAGAUAGCAAAAGCAUUCAGUUUAGAUGCAAUUUUGAGUGAUUUUUCAAUGAUUUCAAAAAACGUUGUAUACUUUUAAAAUAAUUAUUUUAUUUUUAUUUACAUUUAGUUAUUUUCGGAUCACCCGGUGUCAAAAUGCGGGCUCCGCCCCUGUCUGCGACUGGACCUUUUCCAGACAUUUCUUCUUCAUAGGUCCACGUGGCUACUUCUCCCUCUCUCAGUUCUAUUAACCCAUCGUUUACCCCGCUCGCCGCCAAAGACCUUUGAACUUUCUUCUUCUCCAACGGUCUCUUCUUGGCCACUUCUUCCUUCCCUCAACCUAAUCCUUCUUUUCCUUCUCUGCUUUUCACAACCACACACAACUCUCCUCUUCUCCAACCCUUAUUCUUUGUAACGCGAUUAGGGCUGGAGGUUCGGUUAUCGGUUGUCGGUUAACCGGCCGGUUAAAUCGAUAACCGGCGGUUACCGGUUAACCAACUAAUCGAAAAUUAUGUUCUCGGGCGGUGUUCGGUAGGGAAGUUAGAUGUGGCGGUUAACCGGCUAACCGAGGGCGAUAACCGCCGGUUAACCGGCUAACCGGCCCACCCCUAAAUCCCUAAUCGAAGCCACCCGCCCACCCCUUCCCUUCUCUUCUCUCGUUCUCUGCAUCUGCUCGCUUCCUCUGUGCCGCCGCCCGCCUACCCUGACUCACUUCUCCCCUGCUUGAACCCGACCUGGACCCGACCCAUCAAGCUGCCGGGUUACACCGUCUGACUCCCCAAACCGCCAGAGAUUCCCCAAUUGGAACAGAUCGUUCGAUUAAUCUACCAAUCGAAGAAGCCGGUCCUCUACGUCGGCGGCAGAUCUUUGAAUUCCAGCAAGGAGCUCCGUCAAUUCGUCGGUCUCACGGGUAUUCUUGUAGCCAGCACGAUCAUGGGGUUCGGGAGCUUCCCCUGCGACCACGAUCUCUCCCUCCAAAUGCUCGGAAUGCACGGGACCAUGUACGCCAAUUACGCCAUCGACAACGCCGAUCUCCUCCUCGCGAUCGGUGUGCGAUUCGACGACCGCGUCACCGGGAAAGUCGAAACGUUCGCCAGCAGAGCUACAAUCGUCCACAUCGACAUCGAUUCGGCCGAAAUCGGGAAGAACAAGCAGCCGCACAUUGCGAUGUGCGCCGAUUCGAAGCCCGCCUUGCAGGGCCUGAAUUCAGUCCUGGAGAAGAAAGGAUCUCAAUUCAACCUCGAUUUCACCUCCGCCGCCGUUCCAGCAUCGAGCCAACUACGUCGUUGCGGUUAACUCGGCUAACCGAGCAACUAACCGGUAACCGACCGGUCGGUUGUCGGAUAACCGAUGGGCUCCGUCGGACGGUUGGCGAUAGGCGUGUUUGGGGUCGCGGUUAACCGGUAACCGACAUUUCGGUUACCGGUUAUAACCGAGAUAACCGAAAAUCCAGCCCUAAACGCGAUCCAACCCUUCUCUUCUUCGAAAUUAACUUUCUCCUCGGAAAUGCCAUCCAAUCUUUCUCUUCUUCCUUAUCUCUGUUUUUUCUGAAUCACCCUCACCUCAGACAUGGCAACUGUGGCAGGCCACCACCUCGGCCAUGCUCGCCGUAUAUCAACUUGCGAUUCCUCUUUACCCGCUGGUUGCUGCUUGCCAUCCCGACCUCAACUGUAAACAAUCAUUCAUCAGACCUUAAAUACCUUCGAUCUUCUACAAAUUUGUUGGCCGCCUCAGAGCAUUCUUGUGGAAUCCUAAGUUCCUUCCCCUACAUCUUUCAGUCAGCCUUACCCAAAACUCCAUUACAUUAUAUUGUUGCCCUUAUUGAGUUUCGUCACUAGUCCGUAGACGUUGUUGCCCGAAUUCCAACGCCAGGGCGCCGAAAAAUCAACUGUACCGUGGCGGGGCGGAUACCAUACCUGCCUUGUCACGUCCCAUGCGGGUAACCUACCAACUUCGCCCCCCGUUCACAACAUAUAACCUACCCGCUCCAACCGGCAAGGAUGCUAGUUGCAAACCUCUCGCUGGCGGGCUGAGACAGGUCGGCACCACGUCUCCAUCCCGCCGGCUGGCCCGAGGAUUGAACAGAGCUGGGCUAGUGAGGCGAUUGGUGGCUGGCGGCGGCAGGCUUCUUCUUCCUUCUCGACUCGGUGGCGAUGAGCCUCAGACGGAGCUGGGAGGUGGCUAGUGGUUGGCGGCGGAGAUAGGUUGUCACUGGGGGAGUGGGGAUGAUACAAGGGUAGGGAGGGGAAGGUAAGGACCGGUGGGUUGGGUGCAAUGCAGCCAAAAAUGCGAUACUACAUAUAUAGAAGCAAAAAUGGGUAAAAUUGUAAAGCGUAGAAUCAAAGCGGAAGUUUUUUAUGCAUACUGCAAAAUAGCUAAAAUUUAUUAAGGGCGACAUAUUUUGAGUAAAAUAUGAGUGAACAAAAUUUAGAUAAGUUAAUAAAUAACUGCAAUUCAUGCCUAAAGUAGAGCAACCCAUAAAAUCUUAACCAUAAGUCUAUAAACUAAUAAACAUAGAUCUUGACA